UUCUCCACAACACACAAAAUAACAAAACUGACAUGAAACUAGAAGUUGCCAAUUUUUUGUGUUUUUGCAUGUCGACAUAACAUAACAUGAGUCAUAUUGAACAAAUCUGACAACUAGCAAGAAGAGUUCUUUAAUUUGAACAUUCUUUGUUUCUUUUUCAAAUUAUUAUUAUGAAUAUAUGACAAAUGCGUCUGUCUAAUUGUAACUUAAUUUGGUGCACGAACCACAUGAGCAUAGCUGAAGAAUUGGUAACAUAAUGGCCCCAGCUAGAUAAGAUUGGUUAUAUCGUAGUCAAUUCAAUUCUUGUCUUAUUUCUACAGUAUAUAUAGUCUGUGUGUGUAGGACUCAUAUAUAUCUAUCUAGAUUGUGUGUAUAUAUACACACACACACAUAACACCCUUUUGAAGAAGUAGAAAAUAAUGGGUGGUCAACAACAGCACAAAAAGUCUAAAGUUGUGAAAAUUGACUCAAGGAAAUCAUGGGAACACCACAUCUUUGAAGCUACCAAUAAAGGUUACCCUGUUAUGGUUCAUUUUUCUGCUUAUUGGUGCGUGCCUUCUAUAGCUAUGGACCCUUUCUUUGAAGAAUUGGCAUCGACCUAUCAAGAUGUCCUCUUUCUGAAGGUGGAUGUGGACGAAGUUAAGGAAGUAGCCUCCAAGUUGGAAAUCAAUGCCAUGCCUACCUUUUUAUUGAUGAGUGGAGGAACUCCAGUGGAGAAAGCUGUUGGUGCAAAUCCUGAUGAAAUUAGGAAAAGGAUGGACCAUUUUAUUAACCAAACUCAUUCCUCCAAAUCACUCUGAUGCAUGAUGAGCACAUUGAACAGAGUUUGACUAAGAUGUAAAUAAGAUCUACGUGUUUUUUUUUUUGUCCAUUUAAAUUUUAAAGUAUGAUUCAUUUCUAUGUAAUAAUAUAUAUUCUAAUGGUACUGGUCUUGAUUUUUUUAUUAAUUUGUAAAAUUAUGUUUGGUGUGGAUGUGAAGUGACAAACAAAUUGUGAAGCUGAUGUAUUGUAAAAGGGUAUUGUAGUACUUCAAAAUGCUAUUUGUAAAUUGUAUAUUUAAAUAUUCUUUCUGGUUGUAUCAA